GAAUUAGAAUUGAUAAGAAUGAACCUGGCGCAUUCAAUAAUGUCCAAAUCGCUGCUUCCUACAUCCCUUUAGUUGAUUUAGUGAAAAUUUUAUUUGAAGAUAUCCUUAAAAUUUAUGAGAAUGCAGAAUGUAAUAUAGAACUGUGUGCUGUCAUGCUGGAGCGGGUAGCAGCAGCAAAAUAUGCUCUAGAAAAGAUGUUGAGAAAAGGCGUUGAUUAUAUUUAUGAAAAAGAAUAUUCUUUGUCUCUCAAACAAUUUGUAGAAGUUUUGAUAGAGAUUGAAGAAUUUACCGACCAAGUGUCAAAACUUAAGGGUGCUAGAAAAUUUAUUGAAACUAAUAAUGUCAAACAACGAUUUCAUAAAUUGAUUAAAGAAUAUGAUACCUGUAUGAAAGAUUUGCAUUUUUCUAUGGAAAUUACUAAUGAAAAUGAAAGGGAAGAAGAAGCUAAAAGGAUUAAUAAAGCCUUAGAGAUGUUGAGAAAAGCUGAUGAUUAUCUUUUUGAAAAAGAAUAUUUUUUAUCCCUCAAAAAUUUUGUAGAUGUUUUGAAAGAGAUUAAAGAAUUCACUGAUCAUAUUGCAAAACUUAAAGGUCUUAGAAAAUUUGUUGAAGCUGGUAAAGUCAAACAACAAUUUCAUAAAUUGAUUAAACAAUAUGAUACCUGUAUGAAAGAUUUGCAUUUUUCUAUAAUUACUAAUGAAAAUGAAAAAGAAGAAGAAGUUAAAAGAAUUAAUAAAGCCUUAGAUGAUCUUGAAAAAAUUGAUUUUGAAGUCGGAAUUGCAAAUUCUAAACUUGAUAAAUUAGCUGAAGAUAUAUCCGACAUAAAA